AUGGCUAUCAUGUCUAAACUUCACUGCUUUUUAUUUAUUGCUUUUUUCUUGUUUAAUUCAAUUUUUUCUAUUAGGUUAUUAGCAAAUGAUAUAACUUAUGAGAUUUCAAACAUCAAAAGAAAAAAUAAAAUUAAAGGUGUUAAUUUGGGAGGAUGGUUUCUUUUAGAACCUUAUAUCACACCUUCGCUUUUUGAAGUGCUCAGUGCCGAUGAUGAUAAUAAUAAGAAUGAUGUUCCUGUUGAUGAAUAUUAUUAUACAAAAUAUUUAGGAAAAGAAGAAGCUUAUGACAGAUUAUCCGAGCAUUGGGCUACUUUUUAUACUAAGCAAGAUUUUAAAGACAUUGCUUCUUAUGGAUUAAACACAGUUCGAAUUCCAAUUGGAUACUGGGCUUUUCAACUAUUAGACAACGAUCCAUAUGUUCAAGGUCAAGAAUAUUACUUGGAUAAAGCGAUUGAAUGGUCAAAAGAAAAUAAUUUAAAGGUCUGGAUAGAUUUACAUGGUGCUCCAGGCUCUCAAAAUGGGUUCGAUAAUUCCGGUAAAAGAGAUUAUUUAGGUUGGCAAAAUGGCAAUAAUCUUCUAGUCACUUUACAGGUGUUAGAUUACAUUAUGAAUAAAUACGGUGGUGAUGAUUAUAAAGAUACCAUUAUUGGAAUUGAGCUAUUAAAUGAACCCUUGGGUCCUUCAUUGGACAUGGAUAAAAUCAAACAGUUUUAUCUCGAUGGAUAUGAUCAACUACGAAAUGUUUCAACCAAUAAUAUAAUAAUUCAUGAUGCAUUUCAACCUUUGGGUUAUUGGUCAAAUUUUAUGGUUCUUGAUAGUGGCUUUUGGGGAGUCGUACUUGACCAUCAUUUCUAUCAAGUUUUCUCUGAAGGUGAACUAUUAAGAAGUGAUGAUGAACAUAUUUCGUUUGCAUGCAAUCUUGGAAGACAAAUUCAAGAUGAAUACCAUUGGACAGUAGCUGGUGAAUGGUCUGGAGCAUUAACUGAUUGUACAAAAUGGCUUAAUGGAGUUGGUAGAGGUGCAAGAUACGACGGAACGUUUUUAGUCUCGAAUCCCAUUGGUUCUUGUGAGAAUAUUGAUGAUAUUAACUAUUGGAGCAGCAAUAAAAAAAUUGCAACAAGAAAAUAUAUUGAAGCUCAAUUAGAUGCUUUUCAAAUUCGAGCAGGAUGGAUCUUUUGGUGCUAUAAAACUGAGUCAUCAAUUGAAUGGGACUUUAAAAAACUAACAGAAUAUGGAUUAUUCCCUCAACCAUUAGAGAGUCGUAAUUAUCCUAAUCAAUGUGGAUAUUAGAUAAUUAAAAAAACAAACCCCUUUAUAAACUAUUGUACAAUUAUGGUUGUUUUUUUUAUUGUUUUAUUUUUUAUUUUUU